UGAGACUUUAGGUACGUGUUUUGCCAAUUAAGAGUGUUUGGAGAUGUAAAUUCUCUUUUCUUUGCUCAUACUAUUAAUCACCUAGUAGGAAAAUAAUAAAAAUUUAAUAGAAGUUUCUUAAGAAAGACUUGUGAAAGGCCUGGUCUUGUUUUAUUAACUUUUACUUAGAAACAAUAAUUGUGUUCAAGCAAUUUGUUGAAGAAAAAAAUAUUUGAAACAAUCUUAUCACAUGUGGAAGUACAAUAAUUGUGUUCAGACAACUUUCUGUCAAAUGUGUUAAUUCAACCGAGGAAUCAUUGUUAUGUGUACUGUGUAGGACCAAUUUUCUACUGUAAAAAGCAAAAUAAUGAGUAGAGAAACAACAAAAUUUAUUUCACCAUUUGAAGUAUACAGUAUACACGGAGUAUUGUUUAAAGCAAGCAACCAUUGAUAAUUUAAGUGUAGAUCUACAAUCAAUCUACAUGCAUAUAUAUAAACUAAAAGGAUUCCAUAUUUCCUCACUGUCACACGAUAUAAUCUUUGAGUGGAAGAAAAUAAUAGAGUACUUUCAAAAAUGGCGGCUGAGGGUGUUUUGGUUGACAUAGCUUCGAAGUUCUUGGGAUAUCUGGCUCAAUCAGCUUUCCAAGAGAUUUCAUCAUGGUGUGGUGUAAAGAAUGAUUUGAAGAAGUUUGAGCAAUCCCUGAGGUUGAUCAAAGCUCGGAUUACUGAUGCUGAGAAGCGUCAAGAAGAAGAAAACAGUGCUGCUAUCAAAGAGUGGCUUCGCAGGCUCAGAGGUGUGCUAUACAGAAUUGAUGACUUGUUUGAUGAUCUUUACAUCGCUCAACAGCGAAAGCAGCGUACGAAAGGGGACAUGGCCAAGAAGGUACGCUUGUUAUUCUCAAGUUCAAGCCCUGUUUUGUUUAACAUUGAACUAGCUCGAGAGCUCAAAUCUAUUAGGCGGGAUCUUGAUGACAUUAAGUCUGAUAUGGAUGGCCUACAUUUGAGUGUCUGUGAUCAUAGAGGAGAAUCUCGGCUUCAAAUGGCUCGUCUGAUGAGCAAAAGGGAAACAACCUCUUUUGUUCAACCAGAUGAGGUCGUUGGUAGGGAAGGUGAUAAAGAUGCAAUAAUUAGUAUGCUCCUUGAUUCUGUUCUUGAUGAGCAAAGUAUCCCUGUUGUCAUCCCAAUUGUGGGGUUUGGGGGUAUUGGCAAAACAACGUUGGCUCAAUUGGUUUUUAAUGAUGAGAAGGUUAAGCACCAUUUUAAGCUUAGUAAAUGGGCUUGUGUACCUAUGGUAGAUGAUCAAAAAGAGUUUAUGCGUACAAUUUUAAGGUGCUUUACCGGUGAUGACCAUCAGGGUGGCUCGUUGGAACACCUUCAGUCAGGUAUUUGUGGAUCAAUAGACAAUAAAAAGUAUUUACUUGUGUUGGAUGACAUAUGGGAUGAAGACCGGGAUAGAUGGCUUUCUCUUAUGAGCUUGUUGAGAUGUGGUAGCAAGGGAAGCAAGAUAAUUGUGACUGCGCGUUCUCAUGUGGUAGCAAAAGUUGUUGGCACUGUUCCUGCUUACGAGUUAGGAUUGUUAGCAGAUGAGGUGUCUUGGAAUCUUUUUAGAAGACUCGCAUUCAAGGAAGGGCAAGAGGAAGACAAUCCUAAUCUUACUAAGAUUGGGAAAGAAAUUGUUGAUAGAUGUGCAAACGUGCCACUUGCUAUUAGAGUUAUGGGAAGCCUCCUCUACUCUAAGGAUAGUGAGCAAGAGUGGUUGUUCUUUAGAGAUGCUCAUCUUUCAAAGACGAAGAUAACAGGAGAGAACAACAUCAUGCCUGAGCUGAAACUAAGUUAUGAUUUCCUGCCAUCACCGUUAAAGCAAUGCUUCGCGUAUUGUUCGGUGUUUCUAAAAGACUAUGAAUUUGAGAAGAGUGAAUUGGUUAAGCUGUGGAUGGCUCAAGUGUACAUUGAGCCAUCUGAAGAGAGUCUUAGCCUUGAGGAUGUUGGGGGUAUAUAUUUUCUGGAGUUACAAAGGAGGAACCUAUUUCAAGAAGAUCUCAAUAGAUACGGAUAUGUAAAAUACAAGAUGCACGACUUAGUACAUGACUUGGCCUUGCAUGUAGCUGGCGCUGAGGACGUUUUAGAGGAGAAAACGUUUGGGGGUAGUUUUGACGAGGGAAGGAGUUCAUCAUCUUUGCUCACAAUGAGGAAAAUGCGGUCCCUUCUGAACUCUGAGAUUGCAUUGUCAAGUUUGAGAAAGAUGAAUCCAAUUUUUCAAUCCAUACGUGCCUUGAGCUUGAAAGGUUUUGUAAAAAGCACAUUGCCAGAUUGUAUAGGGAGGUUGAGACGUCUAAGAUACCUUAAUCUUGAAAACAGCAUGUUGAAGUGUCUUCCCAACUUUAUCGUGCAGUUAGAGUGCUUACAAACUCUCAAUCUGGACAAUUGCUGUUCUCUAAAAAGAUGGCCAAGAGGUUUUUGUAAUUUGGCCAACCUUAGGCACUUGCAAUUUCAGGGAUGCAAAUUUGAUGAUAUGCCAUCAGGGUUUGGGAAGAUGAAAUCCCUCGUAGAGUUGAACUGUUUUAUUGUGGGAAAAGUUAGCGGUCUAGACACACUACCUGCUUUUGAUCUUAAGGGAGAUUAUGUAGAAAUUGUUUUUAACAAAUGGUUUAGAAAUUCAAUGUUAGAAACCAGAAGGGUGAAUCUGAAGGACAUCCACAAAUUGCGAUUACGUUUCUGA